CUCCGCUUUCCGCGCGUCCCGAGCGAGCUCCGCGCAGCCACGUGGUUGCUGUGACACGGGCACUGUCCCACCCGUGUCCCACCGGCAGGCGGGUGAGGCCCCUCGCCCCCCACCAUGGCUCUGUGCUGCCUGUUGAGACCCCCGCGCUGGCACCUCCGAUCGCCGCCGCUCUGGGAGCGCAGCCUGGCGACAGCGACAACGGGGAAAGGGAAGAAAAAGGCCAGGGAGGGAUGCAGCCCGCCAGAACCGUCCUGGGAGGACAGGUUAGCAAACGCAGUGACUCCACUGUGGAGACUUCCCUACCAAGAGCAGCUGCAGGUGAAGUAUGAAAGCCAGAGGAAGGUUUUGCAGACACUGGCAUCUCGUCUUGAGGAGCUGGGCAUAGAUGCACAGAAACCUGGUGGGCUCUGCUGUCCUCUCCAGCCUGUGGUCCCUUCACCCAUCAUUAACGGCUACCGAAACAAAUCUACUUUCUCUGUGAACCGAGGACCGGAUGGGAACCCCAAAACUGUGGGGUUGUAUGUGGGAACUGGCAAAGCAAGAAAUAUUGUCUGUGUGAAAGCCAACCACCUGGAGAACAUGCCCCCAAAACACAAACAAGUAGCCCAGUGCUAUGAAGAGUUCAUCUGUGCUUCCCCCCUGGAUUCCUGCAUCCUCUUCCACACGGGCGGGCACUGGCGGGAGCUCGUGGUUCGGACCACCAGCCGUGGCCACACCAUGGCCAUCGUCACCUUCCACCCCCAGGAGCUGGGCCAGGAGGCCCUGGCUGCUCAGAAAGCGCUGCUCAAGGAGUUCUUCACGUGUGGACCUGGGGCAGUCUGUGCCUUGACUUCACUUUAUUUCCAAGAGAGCACCAUGACACGCUGCUCCCACGAGCAGUCUCCCUACCAGCUGCUCCAGGGGGAGCCUCACAUCUUCGAAGAACUGUGCGGCCUCAAGUUUCGCAUCUCUCCAGAUGCCUUUUUCCAAGUGAACAUGGCUGGAGCAGAAGUUCUGUACCAGGCAGUUGGGAAGCUCUGUCAGGCUUCAGGGGACACUGUCCUCCUCGACAUCUGCUGUGGGACAGGCACAAUUGGUCUCUCCCUGGCUCGCCAGGUGUCCAAGGUUAUCGGUGUGGAGGUGGUGGAGAAGGCAAUAGAGGAUGCCAGGUGGAACGCGGCGUUCAACGGGAUCUCAAACUGUGAGUUUCACAGUGGGAAGGCAGAGGCCGUGUUGCCACAACUCCUGGCGUCGUGGGAGGACGCCCGGCCGCUCGUCGCUGUGGUGAACCCAUCUCGGGCUGGGCUACAUUACAGGGUCGUGCGGGCCAUCCGGAAUUGCGUGUCCAUCCGCAGGCUGCUCUACAUCUCCUGCAAGCCGGAGGGCGAAGCCAUGAGGAACUUUCUGGAGCUGUGCUGCCCCCCUGACCCACGGAAGAAGCUGACAGGAGAGCCAUUUGCCCCCGUGUUGGCAGUUCCUUUUGACCUGUUCCCUCAUACUGUUCACUGUGAGCUGGUGCUGCUGUUCACCCGCUGACAGGCAGGCAGGUAGGGCGGCUCUGAGGGCUUGGGAAGCAACCUCCUCCUGCCCUGGAGACUCGAGUCAGUGGAGUUAGGAUUUUAACUUAUUUUCUGGAUGGCUUGUAUAAAAAAAUAAAUAAUUUUGCUUUUUCU